AUGGGAAUGCAAGGUCGCUGCCAGUGCUCAAAGGUCCAGUUCACUACACCCACAGACAAACCUCUCGCAGUCUACGCCUGCCACUGCACAGAAUGUCGCCACCAAAGCUCCUCUGCCUUCGGAAUAACAGUACGCUUCCCCUACUUUGAGCUUCCGGAGUCUGUGAAUGAUCUCGUCGGUAUUCAUGCCCGCCUGACACUCAAAGGCCGGACCAUGGAGUGCCUCUUCUGCAAGAGCUGUGGGGCCCGUCUUAUGCAUCGCUUCCGUGAUGAUAUCCCCGCACCCGGCGAAAAGCCUCGUCUUACUGCUGUCUCGAGUGUGAAAGGUGGCUGUCUGGAGGAGCUUGAUCGGGAGAUGAUGAGGAACGCUAUUCAUAUCUGGACUAAGCAUGCUAUUGUCGAUAUUCCAGAGGGAGUGGAGCAGUGGGAGGAGGCACCUCUAAACCGUUUGUGA